AUGGCCGGCAGCUGGCGAGGAGCGGGGGACAGGGCGCGGGUGUCCUUGUCCCCAGUGCUGCCGUCCUCCCCGUCCCCAGGCGCAGCUGCCGUCCCCGCUCCGGACGCUCCCUGGUCGGGUUUCCGUCAUGAAGAGCUUGGCUCCCUUGGGAUCACUGCCCGUGGCGGGGCGGGAUCGUUCCCAGCGCGGCUGUACCGGGGCAGAGGGGACUUCGGCCGCCGUCCUCUGCGGCUCCUGCCGAGGCCUUUCCCUGGCGGCUGCUCUCGCCGGGAACAGACAAAGGAGGAGAAACUCCCCCUCUGCGCCGUGGUGAGGGAGCGCGGGGGCCGCGCUGGCUGCUGCCUGUCGCCGCCGCCGCACAAGGCUGCAGUGUUGGGAGAAGAACAAAACCUUUGUCCUGCUCCAUCAAGGAAGCUGAGUCAGAAGAACUGUUUAGUGAAGAAUCUGAAGAGAUUUCGGAAGCAAUUAGAAAGAGAAGCAGGAAAGCUUGAGGCAACAAAACGUGCCUUUAUUCCCAAGACCUUCAAAAUGCCUUCAGAGUACCAUUUGUUUGUGGAAGAAUUUCGCAAGAAUCCUGGCAUCACUUGGAUUCUGAAACCAGUAAGUAUGUCACAAGGUGAAGGAAUUUCCCUGCUCCAAAAACUGAAGGAUAUCAUUGAUUAUGUUCAUCUCACAAAUGUGGCAGUGCAAAAGACUGUAUGUGAUUAUGAUCCCGGGAAGCAUGGUCAUCUGUUGGGAACGGCUUCAUAUAGUUGUGUUUGGAUGUCUCAGGGCUGCAAGUGGGGCAAACAUGGGGCAGGGUUGGUGGAAGUUCUCUUUGUGGAUACAGACAACACUUUCAUCCCCAGCCUCCAGAGUGUUCAGAAGGUGAUUAGCAGUGACAAACACUGCUUUGAGCUCUACAGCUAUGACAUCCUGAUCCAUCAGGAUCUAAAACCUUGGCUUCUGGAGGUGCAUGCUUCACCUUCCCUCACUGACAGUAGCCAGGAAAAUGAACUCAAAUGUCAUCUUCUCAGAGACACACUUCAUAGUGUGGACAGGGAGAGCAGGCUGGUGGGGAAGGAGAAGCGUGUUGGAGGCUUUGACCUGAUACGGAACAAUGGGUCUGUCAGCAGAGGGGAAGACCCGGGUACUCCGGUGAAUGAGAACAUCAUGACAAGCACACGUUUAGGCUGCUACGAUGACAGGAAGAAACAACUGAAGCAGCUUUUCAGGAGUCUUCCUGCACAGCAGAAAGUGUAGUGCUGAUCCCGAGCUUGGGAUGGGAGCGAUCAGCCUGGAUGAAGUUUGCUCUCUCUUCCUCGUAUCGGGCAGCAGCAGUUCCCACUUCUCUCAGGACACUGCUGGCUCAGCGCAAGAUGCUGGCCGCCUGCUUCUGAAGGUUUCCCAGCUUGGAAGCCUGAAUGAAGUAUUUCAUAGUGGCUGACAUAAGACACAAGGGACACUGGCUCCUCAGCUGUCCACCUGCACUUGCAGAGCUUACUUCUGUACCAUGUAAGAAAAUAAAGGGGAUAAACACAUUCUGUACAGCAAAACUAAGCUCUUAGGGAGGACAGCCACCUGGUCCUCCUACUGCUACUACUAUGGAAACAUGUCAGAGCAGAAAACCUGUUGCCACGAUACUGUAAAAAUAACCUCGCCAUCACAUGUUAGGGAGACGCUGGCUGGCUGUACUACAGGGUUGUGUAAGAGUGCGGCUCUAACAUCGGGACUUGGCACUGUGCACUGCCGCUUGCUUCCAGAAGAGAUGCAAUUUUCUGAAAAAGCUACAGGCAAGAUAGUUCAGGUGAUAAGUCGAUGUUAUAUUUAAUCUGUGUAUCUGAAACUUAAGCUUGAAGUGGACAGCCUUGCUUCUUGCAGUUGUACGUUUAGGGUACGUGGCAUUAGCUACAGAAUUUUAAAACUUAGAUCAAGCAAGGGUAGUUGGCUUUUUAGAUUUAAAGAAACCACACCUCGGUUUUAAGGAGUCUGAAACAAGGUAUUUUUGGAACUAUGUAUAAGUUGAAGAACGUGCGGAACCGGACAAGGCAGUGCCAGGCUGUCUGGAGGAGGGACCGCUGGAGGGUGGUCAGGGAGCCAGGAAAACGGUGGUGCCAUGUUCAAAGUUCUGCACGGCUGUGCAGAAGGGAAGAGAGCAAGGGAUCAGGCCUCCGUGUUACGUGUGCGAGGUUUGACAGAACAGGUGAGCUACCUAAAGAGCUGGAGACAGAAGGACAACUGCCAUAUUUAAAGUUUUUAAAUUCUAUCCAGAAAUAUCUUUACACAAGUUGAAAAAAAGAAAGGGCUUAGCAGGUCUCAGACACUUUCCUGUACACAGAAAAAAAAAUAAAACUUACUGUAGUCCAUUUCUAAUUAUGAUUUUUUUAAAAAAAAAUCUUCUUAUGGUCUUAAACAAGUU